AACCCUAGAGCGUUGUUUUGAAGACACUAAAACCCUAAAUAAAUCCCCAAUUCAUGGGUUUUUCAGUGAUGAGCUGAAGGAUUUGCUGCGAUUCAGGAAAUUUGUUUGUGCAAUGAGCGGCAGCAUUCCUUCGGCUUCGUACAUGAAGAGGAAGAAUGGUCGGAUUGUUGUGACAGCAUCCUCUGUCGAGAAGCCACUAAAAGCCGGACUUGAGUGCGGGCGCACCUGCAAUGCCAAGGCGGCUGCAGCCGUGGGCGAGGUGCUGGCCAUGCGGCUCAAAGUUGACGGUCUAGCCCGUGAAGCCAUUCACGCCGAUGCGACGAAGGAGGUACAGAAGAAAGGUUUCAAGAACCAGACUAAGGUCUGGGCUAUUCUCAAUGCUCUUCGUUCAAAUGGUGUCAAUCUUUUACUAGAUGAUGAUGAUGGUGGUGAGAAGCAUAAUGUUAGACAUCAGUGAACUAUAAAAAGUAAAAAACUUUUGAUCGUUUCAGCA